AUGGAGAAAAAACAGCUUCUAGUCGUGGGCGCUGGUGCUUCUGGACUCCCAUCUAUCAGACAUGCCCUAUUGUAUCCAAAUGUCGAAGUCACUUGCUUCGAGAAAUCGAACGAUAUCGGCGGAUUAUGGAACUACAAACCGAAUCAGACAGAUUUGUCCACAGUUAUGAAGUCUACCGUAAUCAACUCAUCGAAAGAAAUGACGGCGUUUUCAGAUUUUCCACCAGAGGACACUAUGGCUAACUUCAUGCACAACACAGAAAUGUGUAGAUAUUUGAAGAAUUACGCAAAGAAUUUUGAGCUGAUGAAGUAUAUAAAACUAAAUCAUAGUGUGAUUUCAAUCGACAGAAAUGAUGAUUAUGAGACUACUGGAAAGUGGAAAGUUCGCUUUACUGAUGGAGAAGGAAAAGAACAUGUGAAAGUGUUCGAUGGAGUGAUGUUGUGCUCUGGACAUCAUGCUAUUCCAUAUCAUCCAAAUCCAUGGCCAGGACAAGAGAAAUUCAAAGGAAGAAUUGUUCAUUCUCAUGACUAUAAAGAUCAAAAGGGUUAUGAAGAUAAAGUGGUCGUCGUCGUUGGAUUGGGAAACUCUGGAGGUGAUUGCGCAGUGGAAUUGAGUCGAGUUGCGAAGCAGGUUUAUCUGGUUACACGAAGAGGAAGUUGGGUUUUUAAUCGGCUGUUCGAUAGAGGAGAACCAGUUGAUUUGGCUUUCAAUUCGAAAAUUCCAAAUGUUCCUAUCCCAAACCAUCCCUAUCCAACUCGUCAACUGGAACAUGGAGAGACUUCUCAAUUGAGAUUUGAUCACGAAAGAUAUGGACUCAAGCCAAAACAUCAUCCUAUGAAGUUUGUUUCAUUUGAGAAAAUUAAAAUUUUUUCAUCAGAAAACCUUUCUUCUAGCGCCCAUAUAACAAUCAAUGACGAGUUGCCAAACCGAAUUGCUUGUGGAACAGUUCGAGUGAAACCAGGAAUCAAAUCAUUCGGAGAAGGAAAUUCAAUUGAAUUCGAAGAUGGAUCUGUCGUGGAAGGAGUUGAUGAAGUACUUCUCGCCACUGGAUUCUCAUUCCAUUUUAAUUUGAUCGAAGGGGGACAACUGGUGACUGUGAAUGAGAAUAAGACAGAUGCCUACAAAUACAUGUUCCCAUUGGCUACUUCUGAUCAUAACAGUUUGGCUGUAAUUGGACUCAUUCAGCCAAUCGGAUCGAUUAUGCCAAUCAGUGAAAUGCAAGCCAGAGUUUAUUUAGAGACCUUUGCAGGAGGUAGAGCAUUGCCAAGUAGAGAUGAGAUGAAAGACGACGUUGUCCUGAAGAGAGAAACCAUGAGAGCCAGAUACGUGGAUAGUCGAAGGCACACAAUUCAAGUGGACUUUGUAAACUAUAUGCAUGAGCUGGGAGACAUGAUCGGAUGUAAUCCAGAUAUGAAGACGUUGUGGAUGCAGAAACCGUUCCUCGCGUGGAAAGUAUACUUCGGUCCUUGUGUCCCAUACAUUUUCAGGUUAAACGGACCGAAUAGUUGGGAUGGAGCAGAGAGUGCUAUUUGGGAUGUGGAUUACAGAGCAGUUAGACCGACUAAUAACAAAAUUGCGAGGAUUGGAGAAUCCAAGAAAACGAAAUGA